CAAUACUCUUUGGCCGGAUGCCGGACGGGGACGGCUCGGGCGAGAAUAUUUUCUGAUCGAUAUGUGGCCGCUAUAUUCAAUAGACACAGAAUUGGUCGUAAAGUGAACAUUAGUCAAAAUAUUUGUGUUUGUAAUCUAUUUGCCAGUGUUUUAUAAGUUACAUAAUGGAGGAGUUACACUCGUGCAGUUGUUGCUUGGUGCGGCCUCCGGAAAAGGGCCUCAGGACGUUGUAUAAACAUCUCGGCAAAACAGAGAUAUAUUAUGAAAUGCUGAAAGACUGUUUUGAUAUAAAUUUCGAGAUAGGAAAUGAGGAAUGUGGGAUCUGCGAGGUGUGCGUGGUGCGGCUGCGGGACGCGAGCGACUUCAAGCUGCAAGUGCAGCGCAGCCAGGCCGAGCUGCGCGCGCGGCUUAAGGGAGUGCUCACUGCCAGUGACAAGUUGAAAAUAAAGUUUGAGAAAGCUUCUGCAGAUAAAACAAUCAUAAACGACAUCAAGCUGGAGAAGUCCGAGGUCGAGAUGGCUGACGGCGAGGUCGUGUCAGUGGCCAUUUACGGCGGACCACCAGCGCCUUCAGCGCAACCCGUUGCUGCCGUGUCUAACCGCAUCUCUUUUGCGUCAGAUCCGACCCUCACCAACCUCGACACUACCGAGCCGGCUCCGGCUUCUAACCGCACUAAAGUGCACGAGUGCGAUAUAUGCCACAAAACAUUCAAAAACCCAAAUGCGAAAACUAAACUCAUAAUCCACCGCCGCACCCACACUGGAGAGAAACCGUACUCGUGCAAUGUAUGCAACAAAAGAUUCGCACAAAAGAGCCACUUAAAUAGUCAUUACGCAUACCACAUUGGGAAGUUCAAAUUCUCUUGCGAACAAUGCGACACGAGAUUCACGCAAAAAAACCAAUGGGUUGUACAUAUGCGGAUACACACUGGUGAAAGACCGUACUCGUGUGAAAUAUGCAACAAAACAUUCAAACAAAAAGGACACUUAACCGUUCAUAAAAGAAAUCAUUCUAAAUAUGAUCCUAGUUGUGUAGAACCCGGAGAAAUAACAGUAUGCAAAACAGAGUGUGCAGAAGAAUCGAAAAAUCAAGUCCUCACCGAACAUAAGUAUUUCCCAUGUGAUAUAUGCAAAAAACAAUUUGCAGAAGAAAAUUAUUUAAACACUCAUUUAAAAAAUCAUCCUGGUGAUUAUCCAUUCACCUGUGAAACUUGCGAUAGGAAAUUCAAGACGCAGUCUGCAUUAGAUAUUCAUAAGUACGAUCACACGGGAGGAAAACCUUUUAAAUGUGAAGAAUGCAGUAAACGAUAUACAUCAAAAAGCGCUUUAAGACUUCAUGCAAGAAUUCACUCCGAAGACUAUAGAUUCCCGUGUGAUGUGUGUAAUAAACGAUUCCUACAUAAAGACGCUAUGAGCAUACACAUGCGUGUACACACUGGUGAAAAGCCUUAUACGUGUGAGAUAUGCCAAAGGAAGUUCCCAUAUAGAUGUGGCUUAAAAAAUCAUUUAUUAGUACAACAUAAACAAAUAAUGGACAAACAGUUCUGUUGCGAUAUUUGUGGGAAACGAUUUGCACUACAGGGAACAUUAAGUAAACAUUUGAAUAAACACGCUGAGAAGGAAAAGGCAGAAAAAGCUAUUAAGGAAGGGAGGAAAGAAGAUCUCAAAAAUUUUAUGUGCGAAAUAUGUAGCAAACGGUUUUCAACGAAAGGUAUCUUAAGAAACCACAGAGAAAUACACAAUGAAGAAAAACCUUUUGAGUGCGAAGUAUGCCAUAAGAAAUUUCGGAUGAAGAAGUAUUUAGAAGAUCACAUGAAGGUGCAUGAGAGCUUCAAACAACACGCUUGUGAAGUAUGUGGCCAACAGUUUAGACAUAAAUCUGCCUUAACGGUUCAUAUCCGACGAAUGCAUUCAGACAUCAGGCCACAUUGUUGUGACGUUUGUAAAAAGGCUUUUCCAGUACUUGCUGAAUUAAAAGCGCAUUAUCGUGUACACACUGGUGAGAGACCGUAUGCUUGCGAGAUAUGCUAUAAGAAAUUUCAGCGCCAUAAUGGAGUUAAGAAACAUCUUAUAAGUGUUCAUCAUGAGAAACCUUCAAAGUUUGUUAAACUAAAAGAAUAUAAUAAUCCUUACUGAAUGGAAGUUGUAUUUAAAUUUUAAAAAUAUAUGUAUAUUAAAACGUUUACUUUUACUAUUGUUUUAUGCAUUGUAAUAAAAACAUAGUAUGUAACUUUUCAUUCUGCAUAUCUAUAUAGAACUGUGAUAAGGUUUGGUACACUGUCUAAAAAGUUAUUAUAAAAAAAAAGUUCGAUAGCGUUUAUGUAUUCCACAAAUUGUGAAUACUAACUAUUAAAGCAUCAUGAAAUCUAAUGGGCAUGCUUUGACAGACAGUAGAAAUGACUUUAUAGGCUGUGUGACUGACAGCUAUAAUUUUACUGCCAAUGACGGCUUUGAAAAGAUCAGAAACAAGAAAGCGUGACUGUGGCACACCCCUCGCACCAUCCCAACCCAACAGACAAUAUGUUGAAGUGAGGUAGUGGGUAGGCCCACCCAUCAACAAACCUAACAGGAGAAAUUCUUUGGACGAUAAGCACCCCAUUCUAGGUGUGGAGGUCCCCUAUACUUGCCCUUAGAGAUAAAGUUAGAUGUAGGUACUCGAUUAAACAGACGCCAGAUGGAUAUUAUUCCUUAAAACCUAGUGUGAUUCAGGUUGAGACCGGUACCAUGGUCUUGAUAUAAUGACCAAUUGUCAUUAUAUCAU